AAAAAUCUUCAGCUAUAUAUACAAUAGACUGUGUAUCAACACAAUUACACAACCUUGCCACAAAAUGUGGACUUUGGGAUACCGCACCACAAAUGUAAACUUGGGGAUACACACAACAAAAUGUGGACUUGGGAAUACCGCACCACAAAAUGUGGACUUGGGAAUACCGCACCACAAAAUGUGGACUUGGGAAUACCGUACCACAAAAUGUGGACUUGGGAAUAUCGCACCACAAAAUGUGGACUUGGGGAUACCACACCACAAAAUUUGGACUUGGGAAUACCGCACCACAAAAUGUGAACUUGGGAAAACCGCACCACAAAAUGUGGACUUGGGGAUACCACACCACAAAAUGUGGACUUGGGGAUACCGCACCACUAAAUGUGGACUUGGGGAUCCAGCUUGGUUCUGGACAAUUAAAUCAAAAUCAUACCUGUGUCCAAAUACAGCUAACCAACUUUUCAGCUCACCUACCAGCACAGCUUUUCAGCACUGCUUAUCAGCUCAUCACAGCUCAAUCAGCAAGGCAAAUAACAUCUGACAAUUUUGUGUAUUGAAGCAUUACAUGUAUAACUCAACCUAAUUACAUAAUGUAAUUUAUCUUUUCAUAAUCAACUUAUUCCUAGGUAUGCAGAUUAAAUUUGCAAUCACAUCAAGGAUAUUUUUGGUUAAAUUGCAAUAUUUAAAUAAUGCUUGUAAUUUGGUAUAAUGGAAUAUCACAUAGAUAAUGUUUAUUAUUUUAAUUAUUUAAUAAUACUAGAUGAAAAUAAGGCAUACAAAAUAAUCUAAGCCAUGAAUGCACAUUAUUCGACCAAUUCAACAUCCCACAUGCCAUGCUCAUCCGGUAUUAUAAGUGUUUAUAGAACAUAUGUACUAUACUAUUUGCGUUUAUUAUGCUCUGUUACUAUGGCAACCAAUCAUGUUCAGACUCAUUACAUUAAAGAAUUACAUCAGCAUCCAUGACCUCUAUAAAUAUAAC